CGAUUAGCAGAGCCUUCACCAGGCCGUUGGAGCACAGGGAGGAGAGGAAGAGCCGCAGCAAACUACAGUAGAACUCUGUGCCGUCACUGUGGCGCUUUUUGUAGUGCACCCUCGUUUUGGGCCUGUGUCACAUGCACUGAUUGUAGUGCCGCAGCUCACCUAUCUGAUUCCUCCCACCUGCCCUGUCUGGAUUUGGAUACAGCCGUUGUGUGAGGUGUUGUGGAUGCAGGGGGAAGGCACCGUAGCUCUCGUCUAGUCUGACAUGUUGAUUACAUGGUGGUAUUUAUACCUCGCAGCUCGGAGCAUCGUCAAACAAACGUUGAACAUGGCCUCUAUCCUUCAGAAGCUCAUCACACCCCUGUUCAGUGGGACCCCUGAGCCCGCCAGGAACAAGGUGACCGUGGUGGGGGUCGGCCAGGUGGGCAUGGCCUGUGCUGUCAGUAUCCUGCUCAGGGAGCUGGCUGAUGAGCUGGCCUUGGUGGAUGUGAUGGAGGACAAGUUGAAGGGAGAGAUGAUGGAUCUGCAGCAYGGCAGCCUCUUCCUCAAAACGCCCAAGAUAGUCGCCAGCAAAGACUACUCUGUGACGGCGAACUCUCGUAUCGUCGUGGUAACAGCGGGCGUUCGUCAGCAGGAGGGAGAGAGCAGGUUGAACCUGGUUCAGAGGAACGUCAACAUCUUCAAACACAUCAUCCCUCAGAUCAUAAAACACUCCCCCAAGUGCAUCAUCAUCGUGGUCUCCAACCCAGUUGAUGUGCUGACCUACGUGACCUGGAAGUUGAGCGGCCUGCCCAAGCACCGUGUCAUCGGCAGCGGCACCAACCUGGACUCUGCCCGUUUCCGUUACCUGAUGGCCGACAAACUGGGCAUCCAUGCUACCAGCUUCAACGGAUGGAUCCUGGGAGAACACGGAGACACCAGUGUCCCUGUGUGGAGCGGCACUAACGUAGCAGGUGUUAACCUGCAGACACUGAACCCUGACAUCGGUACUGAUGCUGACCAGGAGAACUGGAAGGAGACUCACAAACAGGUGGUUGACAGUGCCUAUGAGGUGAUCAAGUUGAAGGGCUAUACUAACUGGGCCAUUGGCCUGAGUGUAGCUGACCUCACCGAGAGCCUCAUCAGGAACAUGAACAGGAUCCACCCUGUCUCCACCAUGGUGAAGGGCAUGUACGGGAUCGAUGACGAGGUGUACUUGAGCCUGCCGUGCGUGCUGAAUGCUGGGGGCGUGGCCAGCGUGAUCAACAUGACCCUGACGGAUGACGAGAUCGGCCAAAUUAAACAGAGCGCUGACACGCUGUGGGACAUCCAGAAGGACCUGACUGACGUGUAGCGACACUAACAGAACACCAAGGGGCGCCACAUUCCACUCAACCCCUAGGGUGUGUCCCAAUAAUAUCUCCUUUCUCCUCUAGUGUGCAUUCGUUCACUACUUCCCACAAAUCUAAAAUCAAGUGCACACUUUGGGAGAAAGGAGAGAUAAUUGGGACAUWGCCCCAACUCUCCUUAUCACCUAUUACUCAACAUAUGCCACUUAGCAGACGGACGCUUUUAUUUAAAGCGACUUACAGUACAGUGAUUGCAUAUAGUUCUAAUAUGUGUUUUUGAUCCGUGUGGGAAUUAAACCCACAGCUUUUGCAUUGCUAGCCUCGCUCUUAAAGAGCAACUGCCCCUAUAAAACAACUUCUCAUGUAUAAAACCGCCUAUGUGGCAAAUWUACAACAAAGUGUAAAUGGGAUAAUUUUUGGUCAUAAAGUCAGUCUCAUCCAAAAUGUUGUGAGACUUGUGGUCGUGACUGCAUCACAACGUAAAUGAAGGUUGGGUUUGUUUCGUUCCUGCCCACAGCUGGCAGCACUCAAUUAAUCAUCAAUUCGGGAGGUGAAGCUGCAAAUGAUCCAAUCUUAAUGCCUAUGGUAAAUUUGUGUUUACUUUGGAUAUCCAUAUUGGGCUAGUUAGGGACCAUCAGUAAAUUACACAAUGUACAUGGGCCAAUAUGUUAAUUCCAACAGCUAAAAAUGUCAAUGACUUAAAAACCUCAAACUAAUUAUAAUUUAAAUAAAUGUAUAUACAAAUAUUGAACGCAUUUGAUGAGAAAACUAAAAGGUGUUCAAUGUGAAAAUAUUGUCUUUUACAUUGUAAUUUGUUGACAGUCCAUAACUAGCCCCGGAGAUAGGCUAUCCAAAGAGAAACCAACUUUGCCAUAGUCGCACACCAGCUGGCUGAAKCUAAUUGGCUAAAUAAUUUGACYAACUCUUCCCACCUGCAAACACACACAAGACACCCACAUCAUACCAGACCCCGAAACCAACUCAAGUUUCAAUUCAGUCAUGGCUGCUAGCAUUUCUAAUGAACCAAAUCUAAAACGAGAGAUAAUCAGGAAGUGCAGUUGCCCUUUAACAACUGAGCCACACGGUUAAAUGACACGGUUCCAAAAAUACACUUUCACAGUGUCACUGCUGUUAUCUUUCACACUUGUAAUCUUCAUAGCUUUCCUGACAUCUGGGUGUUUGGUCUCAUUGUCAAGCGCGUUAGGUGUUAGGGUUACUUUGCACGUGGCUGCUUAACAGGAAAAGGUGCAGAUGGAAGCGUCUUUGUUUCCCUGAAAAAGCGCUAUAUAAAAACCAGGAAAAGUGCUAGGCUAUAUAAAAACYAUGUAUCAUUCAGAUGUCAGCAAAUGCUUCAGUCAUUUUUCCCUUUUUAAAGUGAAGGGUUAUUAAUCAUGUUGGAUGUGUAAAAUAAAAGUGUUUAUUGGUGUUGGAAUGAAUAAAGUCCUCAAUCUUUGUUUUCAGAA